AGGCCUCGACGCACCCUAGCGACACACCGGACAUCGACGACGCCGUCUCGAGUCCGACCCACCGACUCUACCCGUGCCUGCCUCUUACUGAGCGUCGAGUGUCUCCUGCCCUCUCCUCGCUCGCUCACCCACCGCGGGUUCGCGCCUCUGCCGCCAUUUGAAUUGCAGACUGCAAGCCAUUGCUCCGCUCUUGACGCGAUAGCGAAAUGCAGCCGGUCCUCAACUGCUACCAGAGGCGAUGGAAGACAGCGGACUUGCGUUUGCCGCCCCGGCAUCAUAUCUGCCAGAUGGGCUAGCAAUGAAAGACAACAGCAACCACUUGGCCAUGCAGCAAAUGGACCUGCCUGACACAGCAAACAUAUUCGCCACCCCUGUUCGGAACACUGUAGGUCACGGCGCUGGAACUGGUGCUCAAGAACAAGCGGGCUCUGGCAGCCAUUCCCUGAACAUAGCCAGUGAUGGGGACGGCGUGCGGCAGUCCGAGGGUGGCCAGAUGAACGCACCGGCUGCGAACGAGACUUGCGUUGCAAGCGCCUCGAAGACGGUGGAUUCCAAGCUAGAACGCAGCCAGCUUGAUUACAGCACACUGGACACCCCAGCGCGUCCGACAGUCGACCAUGGUAUUGAGAGCGGCGUCCGCGACACUUUGGACAUGAGCUUGCCGGACUGCGGAGUGUUCAAAGUCGAGAGCGUACCUCCAGGUAAUCCGGCCAACCUGGAGCUGUAUGAAUCUCAGGAUGGGCCUCCGACCAAUGGAGAAUUGCCAGAAACCGAAAGUAUGGCAGAUCCUAGUACACCUUCCGUCGCUCAAGGUGCUUUCACCGCAUCGCCUACGAUCGCUGAAGAAGAACCUAGUGUGCAUCAAGCCUACGCGAUGCUCAAAUUUCCGGAUAGCUAUUACUAUGUCAAGUCUACGAAUGUCAUGAUUACCCGCGAUGAGACAUUCUACCGGGUCUAUCGCGAAAGCAAGAGGCAGAAACGCUUGCGAGCGAAGAUGCAACGGGCUGCGCAACAGACAUUGGAUGAUUAUGCGCGCGAGCCUAGCCAUCACUCACAGCAUGGUGGCGAUGAUGAAGACGACGAAGAUUUGAUGGGGAGGCCUGCUCAUGGCCUUUUGAGCGCAUACAGUGAUGCAGGAGGACCGGUCUCCUAUGUUGUGAAGCCUGACAACGACUUCGUCAGUUUUGACUCACCACCACUUGUUCAUCGUGCCCGAAAAAGCAAACACAAUUCAUCUUCCAAUCACUCAAUAGCACCGCGAAGCCUACACGAAUUUGAGCAAGGAGCCGAGCUGGAAGGUGACCUGUAUCUGGACAAAGAGGGUAGACUCCAUGAUCCGCAUGAAUGGGCGCAAGUGGCAAUACACCCUCAAGAUCCGAAAGACAUUGAAAAGAUCUCACGCGAACAUUUGAUCAUUCGAUACGAUGCAGACAAGAGAUCCUGGGUGAUGGACGUGAUCGGCAACCGAGUCUUGCACAACGGCGAACUUCGCAACCGAGGCGAAAGCGACAUAGAUCUCAGUCAUGACGAUGAGAUCAUCAUCAUCUCCGUCAGCUUCAGAUUCAUGCUACCCGCAGAUGAAGGUAUCGACGUGAUGGAAAGCGUCGAAUGCGACGACGAUGAGUUUGAAACCAGCCUUGCAGCACGACGGAUAUCGGACACUAUUGAUGAUAUUGAGAGUGACGAGGAUGCCGAUUCUUCUGAGGAGGAUGUGCCAUUGGCACAGCAAACCAAACCGAAGAAGCUCAAAGUCAAAGUCCCGAAGAAUAAGGAACCGAAACCCAAGCCACUGAAGCUGAAAUUGAAGAAUAAGCAGGCCAGCAAGAAUGCGGAAGUGAAGAUAGCAGAUACUCAUGGUAAGAAGGACAAAGUGACAGGCAAAACGCCGGCGAAGGCUGGUGGAAAGACGGGUGGCAAAACACCUGCAAAGGCGACCAAAGCCGUCGCUAAAGCAGAGCCGACACCAGACGCACGUCCCCCUCCAACUGAGGCCGAAGCCUCCAAAGCAACAACCAAAGCAGCAGACGAGCAACAAAGCGCGCCAAGCACAGAGGCGCAACUGGUCGAAUUCGCGCAGGCACCUCCGGCAGGACCUCCUACCCAAGCGUCACCUCCCGCGCCUAUCAACCUCGAUCCAAACUCUGCCUUUGCUGGUGCCGAUCCGUCGCAACUACCACAAAAGCGCAAAGGUCCAGGCCGACCGCCGAAGAACGGAUUGAUCUCGAAGCGUGAUGAUGCAGGUGUGAAACGCAAGAUCAAAGAGUAUGAACGCCAGAAUCUGCCACCACCACCUAUGAAUGAGCUCUUGGAAAUGGUUCGGGUUGAGCAAAGACAGAAGGAUGCUGCCGCAAAGGCCGCUUCCCGGGGUGAAGCCACUCCCGAUAUGGUCAUACAGAACAUGGACCCCCGCAUGCCAAACUAUAGCGUGCCGUAUGCAUCAGCCGCUCCUAGCCAGCCAGCCCAGUCACUGCCAGCUGGUACGAACAGUCCGCACGACCUUCCGCAAUCCGCAGCACGAUCGACUAGUCCUCGUCCUAGACGGCCUGCCAAGUCUCCGUCGCCCAUGCCUGCUCAAGAGAGCUUUACGGAAGAACAGCUCAAGAAGCCUACCAUCACUUAUGUUUUCAUCAUUGAUGAAAUCUUGCAGGACCCAGCGCUGGAUGGCCAAGCAGACUUGCAGACCAUCUAUGAUAAGAUUCAAAAGCGAUGGCCGUAUUUCAAAUACGGUACAAGCACCAAUGGUUGGCAGAGUAGCGUAAGGCACAACUUGCUUCAAUGUCAACGCUUCGUCGAAUCUGGCAAGAGUGGCAAAGGCAAAUACUGGAAAAUCAACUUUGAGCAUGAGCUGGAUCCAAAAAAGCGAAAACAGGCGACGCCGCCGCCACAACAUCCACCACAAAGCGGAAGUGGCGGACCUCCCUACUCUCAGCCAUACAACGUACCUUACCAACAAGCAAAUAAUAUGUAUAGCAGCCCCUACAACCCUGGUGCAUAUCCUGGUGCCGGACCUGCAGGAGGCGCACAAGCGCCACCCAGUGGACCGCCUGCAAGCGGACCAUACCCACAGCAGACUCACUAUGGCUCACAGCCGCCCAAUGGCAAUCGCAUGCCACCCCAACAGCCCCCGGCGCCUCAGCCGUUUGCGACUAUCGUCCAGGCCAUCGUUGCGUACAAGCCUCAAUUUUUGCAACCACAUGUGGGUAAGGACACACAUGCUAGAGCAGAGGAGCAGUUCAACCAAGCGUUGAAUCAUUAUUCUGAGCUGCACGCUGGCAACACGCCCACAACUGAGGGACAAAUUGAUGAGUCGCAGGAUCCCUUCAGAACGAUGAAGCAAAUUUUCAUACAGUAUGGGCAGGGCGAUACAAGAGGUACGCAGAGUAAUGCCCCAACCCCUGCUCCGAAUGCUGCACCUACAGCCAAUGCUGUACCUGCAGCUCCUGGCAAAGUCACAAGUCAUGCUCCAGCAGCAGUCAUGGGUGGCUCCGGGGCUCCCGCCAUAGCUGGGACGACGACAACUCCAGUACCACAAGUGCAUCCCACACAAAAUAUGACCAGCUCUCAGCCCUUGACUGCGGCACCUGGUGUCAACAGCAGCACUGCGAUGCCAUUCUCGCAGCAGAUGCAGCCUCCCGCCAUGUCGGGCAUACAGCCGAAGCCUCCAACGUCAGGGCCAGGUCCGUCGAAUAUACAGCCGACUGCGACCCGACCUGUAUCUACUGCCAGCAUGCAGAAUGCGAGUAUAAUACCAGUAGCUGGUGCAGCGACCCAAUCUCAGCCUCAGACUGCUCCAACACCGAUGCAAGUAGCCCCUCCACGGCCUCUUGCCACUGGCUCGCAGACGGGCACAUCGUCAGCAGCUGGCGGAGCUCCCAGAUUUCAGCCUUCCGCUGCUCCUUCAAUAUCUUCGUCGCAGAAUGGGCAGCAGCAGACGAAUCGGGUUGCGUCGCCCAGCUCAGCAUCCCUUCCUAGACCGCCUCCGGUACAACGACCGCAGCAAACAACCAACGCGGGCAUUUCGCCGCCUCCUGUUGUACCUGCGCACCAACCAGGUCCGACCAUCCAGGCGCAUGCUCCCGCGCCGCAAGCAAGAGCACAGCUCGGCCCACUUCAAAGGCCCACGCCGAAUGUUGUAGGUGGCGCCACAAAACCACAGCAGCAUGUUUCGAGCCCGAGUGGACCAGCGCCACUUGCCCAGCUGUCCUCUCCGGUUCCGCCUCAGCAGUGCAAGCCUGACCAAAAGCUUGCACAGACUGGUUCGAAUGUAAUAUCACCUGCGUUGCCGCGUGUGAAUGGCUUCCAAGCUCAAAGUAUGGACCGGAACGAUGCGAACCAAGGGGCAUUGACAGACGUCAGGCCUCCCCCGGCGGGUGUGAAGCGUGUGGCUGAUCAUAGCGAUGAGGACCAAGCAGCGAAACGACCCAAAAUUUUGUCUGCGAACCAGGCACCUGAUGCCAACUCUGCACUGGAGACGACUCCUUACGAAAAGUCUCCUUCCGCUGGCGCCAAGCGCACAGCAGAUGAGAGCAUGGACAGUGAAGCGAAACGACUGAAGACGACUCAGGAGUCGGCUGCGACACCAGCCGCGUCGUGAGUGUUCGCGUAGAACCAGAAAUUUCCACGGCAAUAGUUGGAGCAUUGCGCAAAGCAAAGCCAUGAUAUCGACUGGUCAUUAUAAUUCACUUGGAUUAGAAUUGGAGCGUUUCAGCAAGCGAGGCGUUGGUAGGCAUGAAUGUUUAUUAGCAUAUGAGUAAUGAAUGAAUGUCUUGGUCA